AUGGCCAACAACAAUCAUCACUACCACCAACAAUCACCACCUCCUUUAAAUAACAACUCUAAAGACGAAAAACCCUCAAAUCCCGUCAAGAUCGAUGGGGAUUUGUCCAAUUCUUCUGAAAAUGUCAAAAUGUCGAAUUUUCAAAAUGUCAAUGUCGGAAUGUCAAAUCCUCAAAAUACCCACAUUUCCACAAGUUUAAAUAAUUCAAUAAACCCCCCAAAACCAAUGGGGGAUGUUCAAAAUUUUGGCCCUCCAAAUAUUCUCCAAAUGGCAAUUAAUAGGCCUGAAAUAUUCGCACAAUUGUUGGGGUCGACAACUUCUGGAAACUUUCCUUCAUUUAAUAGAGGAAGACCUCCUCAUCCUCCUCUUUGGCCUCUCCACACUCCUCUCCGUUUUUCUCCUUUUGAUUUUGCUUCUAGAGAAAUAUUUGGAACAACAGCAAUACCUUCAAUAAAUCACCCACCCUUUCCAAUAACCAAAAUAGAUGAUGGAAUUAAAGAUAACCCUGUUGUUCAAUUAGAAGAUAAAGAUUUAUGGGAAAAAUUUAAUCCUUUGGUUAAUGAAAUGAUUAUUACAAAGAGUGGAAGGUAA